UUCAGCUUAUUUCCGCCAAAUCCAGUCGUCGGACAGUUAAAUUUGCUCUCGCCUUUUUUCAGAUUAUAAAAUUCUGAAUAAAAUGAAAUCACUUGGAGCUCUUUAUAUAUUGACAAACUUAGAUUUCAGAGCUCCUCUACAUAACUUUUUGAACAUUGACCUGUUAAUACGAUUGUUAUCAGAAAUUAUACUAAAAACGUUGCAUCCUGAUUCAGUCAACAACUCUAAGAUUUGUAGAGUGAGAUCAUAUAACUGAUCUCCUGUUAAAUUUUUACAAGGAGAUAAGCCUACAACAUAACAGAGAGGAUACCAUGAAUGUUUGUAUAGUUGUUGCUAAAUUGCAUGAAUUUUCAUUUGAUUGAACAGCUAAACCUUCGAAUUUUCUACCUUUAUAAUAUGUUAUUUCGGGCUUGACAUAGAUUUAGUCAAUCCACAAUAUUACUUUUGUGUAUAGCUGGAAGCCAUAUUUCAGCCCCAUUUAAGUCCUUGGGGAACGAAAAUACUGAUACCUUAGAUAAUCUAUCAUAAUUGCUUCUAAAGCCUGGUACACAGCAUAUAUAAGGCAUGAUUAACUGCACUGCACAUAAUCACCGAUGCAUUACCCACAUGAGCUAACGCUUGGAACUGAGCGAGUCGAUGCUAUUUUAGUUCAUACGGAGCUCAAAAAUUCAAUUGGGGUAGUAUCAAUUAUUAAAUGGAGGUUUCAACGUAUCUAUUUCAGUGGGGGAAUACGGGAAUCCCCGGGACACAGUCCGACAAGUCUUGUGACGUACCAUUACCCAAAGUGGUAGGGGAAGAGCACGGCCAGUUCAUCUAGAGUGUCCUUGCUUGAAUGGUUCUGAUGGCGUGAUGACAAUUUUCACCUAACACGGUUCUCCCAUUUAUGCUAAUGUGGAGGAUAAUCUAAGUAGUGUUUUUUGUAAUUAGUAUUGUAUCCUAAUUCAGUAGUGGAGGAAGUAGUGUGUUUAGUUCGGUUCAGAGGUCACAUGUAAUAAUUAUUUUCUAUACAGUACCUAAUGGCAUUAAGGGAGAUUCCCGGGGUACGUCGUGGUGCGACACUUUUCACUUGCAACGAUGGUUUCUAUUACCAGUAUAUUAGCAUAUCAAGGGUGAAAACACAUUACCGUUGCUACUUAAACACGUGUAGAGCUAGGAUUUGGGUUGAACAUAGAAGUAAAAACAUUACAAAUAAUGAAAAUUUCCCUUGCCAUAAUCACAGCCCAGAUCCUCUGCUAGAAGCUAAGCAUGUGCUACGAGAAGCAAUAUUUCAGCGGGCCGAACGUGAAUCAACACAGCUGAAAAGGAUUUUUGACGAGGAGUGCAAUAAAGUUUCCAGUGAAGUAGCCCAAAGUUUGGCCUUUGGAACAAUCGAAUCAUCGAUGCGGAAAUGUAGAAAAUUGAAUUUUCCGAGACUUCCAACUUCUGCCAUCGAUUUUGCUGAUAUGUUGAAGGCAGAGGAGUGGGCUAGAUUCUCAGAAACCCUAGAUGGGAAAAAAUUUUUCAUCGACAACAUUGUAGUUGGAGGAUGGAGCAACUUGGUAUUUGUCUCCGAAAAUACCAAACACCUCCUAUCAACGGCUGAAGAACUUUUUUUUGAUGGCACUUUUAAAACAGUGCCGUCAGUUCCAGGUCUUGCACAGCUGUUCAUCGUAAAUGCUGUAGCAUUCGACCAUGCUUUUCCAGUGGCUUACGUGUUGAUGGAGAGGAGGUCGUACGCCUGCUACAAAGCUGCCCUACAAUUGGUGAAACAGUUUGCACCAGAUAUAAGCCCACGUUUGAUGUCCGAUUUCGAGGCAGGGCUAAUAAGGGCACUGAGGGAAACCUUCCCUCUCUCAGACAUCAGUGGAUGUUGGUGGCACUUUUCUAACUGCAUAUUGAAGAGAGUGAAGAAAUACAGAUUGGUCAUAGCAGCAAAAAAUGAUGAGAACGUAAAAAAAGUUAUCCACAUGUGCAUGUGCCUACCCCUUCUUCCAGCGGGGCAGAUAGAGGCUGGAUUGACCGCUAUCGGUCAACAUGCUAUCCAAACUAUAACGGAUGCUGACUACAAACAAAAGCUGAUAACAAUCACCGAGUACAUAGCAGCGCAAUGGAUUGGAAGUGAGUAAUUUAAUAGUAGAGCAUUUUUCGACUAUUUUCCAAUGACUAUACACAGGGGUGCCCAUCCCCCCACUAGAGCGUAUGGCGUACUAACCCUUACCCCCAAAGAAAACUAA